AUCUCGGCCCCCGCGCCAGUUUCGGGCUGCUUGGCGGGGAACCGGGAGAUUGUCUGAGCAUGGCGCCUGUCCACGGCGACGACGGCGACCUGGGCGCAAGCGCUGUAUCAGAUUCAGCGAGUUUUGUAGCUUCUCGAGCUCGUCGAGAAAAAAAAUCAAAGAAAGGACGCCAAGAAGCUUUAGAGAGACUGAAAAAGGCUAAAGCUGGUGAGAAGUAUAAAUAUGAAGUUGAGGACCUCACAAGUGUUUAUGAAGAAGUUGAUGAAGAGCAGUAUUCGAAACUGGUUCAGGCACGGCAGGAUGAUGACUGGAUCGUGGAUGAUGAUGGUAUAGGCUAUGUGGAAGAUGGCCGAGAAAUUUUUGAUGAUGACCUUGAGGAUGAUGCACUUAACACCUCUGGGAAAGGAAGUGAUGGCAGAGCACACAGAAAGGACAGGAAGGAUGUAAAGAAACCUUCAGUGACAAAACCAAACAAUAUCAAGGCAAUGUUCAUUGCUAGUGCUGGGAAGAAAACUGCAGAUAAAGCAGUAGACUUGUCCAAGGAUGAUCUGCUAGGUGACAUUCUACAGGAUCUGAACAGUGAGAUAUCUCAAACAUCUCCACCACCUGUAUUGAUACCAAAGAAAAAAAGAUCCACUGGAGCUUUACUCAAUCCUUUCUCAGUGCAUACCCCUAAGGCAAUUCCUUCAGGAAAACCUGCUUCCCCUGUCCUUAAGAAGGAACCUCUGUUAACUCCCAUUCCUCUUAAAUGUGCUGAAUUUGCUGGAGAGCUGGCCCAAACAGAGUGUCCAGAAGAUGAGCAGGAAUCAGGAAUAAUGGAGUUUGAAGAUGGUGACUUUGAUGAGCCCAUGGAAGCUAUGGAGGUAGAUGGGGAGCCUGUGACUGCCAAGACUUGUGACCAAGAGAAUGAGCCAGUAGAGAGGGUGAAACAUGAGGCAGAUCCUACAAAAGGAACCACAUCUUUCUUAAAAAGUUUUCUCCCAGAUGUGUCUUGUUGGGAAAUGGAUCAGGACGAUGAAAGCAGUUUCUUAGCUCAGGAAGUUCAAGUGGAUUCCAGUCACCUCCCAUUAGUAAAAGGGGCAGAUGAUGAACAAGUAUUUCAAUUUUAUUGGCUGGAUGCUUAUGAAGAUCCAUACAAUCAACCAGGUGUGGUUUUUCUGUUUGGCAAAGUGUGGAUCAAAUCUGCCCAAAUCCAUGUGAGCUGUUGUGUUAUGGUGAAAAACAUCGAGCGAACACUUUACUUCCUUCCCCGUGAAAUGAAAAUUGACCUAAACACAGGGAAAGAAACAACAACUCCAGUUACAAUGAAGGAUGUUUAUGAAGAAUUUGACUCAAAAAUUGCAGCAAAAUAUAAAAUAAUGAAGUUCAAGUCCAAGACAGUGGAAAAGAACUAUGCUUUUGAGAUACCUGAUGUUCCAGAAACAUCUGAGUACUUGGAAGUUAGAUACUCGGCGGAAAUGCCACAGCUUCCACAGCAUUUGAAAGGUGAAACAUUUUCUCAUGUAUUUGGAACCAACACGUCUAGCUUGGAAUUGUUCUUGAUGAACAGAAAGAUCAAAGGACCUUGUUGGCUUGAAGUAAAAAAUCCACAGCUCUUGAACCAGCCAAUCAGUUGGUGUAAAUUUGAGGUGGUGGCUUUGAAACCAGACCUGGUGAAUGUGAUUAAAGAUGUCAGUCCUCCUCCACUUGUGGUAAUGUCUUUCAGCAUGAAGACAAUGCAAAAUGUAAAGAGCCAUGAGCAUGAGAUUAUUGCUAUUGCAGCUCUCGUCCAUCACAGUUUUGCAUUAGAUAAAGCACCUCCAAAGCCUCCCUUUCAGACGCAUUUCUGUGUUGUCUCUAAGCCAAAGGACUGUAUUUUCCCAUGUGCUUUCAAAGAAGUCAUUAAGAAAAAGAAUAUGAAGGUUGAGAUUGCUGCAACAGAAAGAACUUUGCUAGGAUUUUUCCUUGCAAAAGUUCACAAAAUUGAUCCUGAUAUUCUUGUGGGUCAUAAUAUUUGUGGUUUUGAAAUGGAAGUGCUUCUGCAAAGAAUUAAUGUUGGCAAAGUUCCUUACUGGUCCAAGAUAGGUCGACUGAGGCGAUCCAACAUGCCAAAACUUGGGAGCCGGAGUGGAUUUGGUGAAAGAAACGCUACCUGUGGCCGAAUGAUAUGUGAUGUGGAAAUUUCAGCAAAAGAAUUGAUUCAUUGUAAAAGCUACCAUUUAUCUGAACUUGUCCAACAGAUUCUGAAAACUGAAAGGAUUGUAAUUCCAACAGAAAAUAUACGAAACAUGUAUAGUGAAUCUUCUCAUCUGUUGUACCUGUUGGAACAAGUCUGGAAAGAUGCCAGAUUCAUUUUGCAGAUCAUGUGUGAGCUAAAUGUUCUUCCAUUAGCAUUGCAGAUCACUAACAUCGCUGGGAACAUUAUGUCCAGAACACUGAUGGGUGGACGAUCUGAACGAAAUGAGUUCUUGUUGCUUCAUGCAUUUUAUGAAAACAACUAUAUUGUGCCUGACAAGCAGAUUUUCAGAAAACCUCAGCAAAAACUGGGAGAUGAAGAUGAAGAAAUUGAUGGAGAUACCAAUAAAUAUAAGAAAGGACGUAAGAAAGCGGCUUAUGCUGGAGGCUUGGUUUUGGACCCCAAAGUUGGUUUUUAUGACAAGUUCAUUUUGCUCCUGGAUUUCAACAGUUUAUAUCCUUCCAUCAUUCAGGAAUUUAACAUUUGUUUUACAACAGUACAAAGAGUUGCUUCAGAGGUGCAAAAAGCUGCAGAGGAUGAGGAACAAGAACAGAUCCCUGAGUUGCCAGAUCCAAACUUAGAUAUGGGCAUUUUGCCCAGAGAGAUCCGGAAACUGGUAGAGCGGAGAAAACAAGUCAAACAGCUAAUGAAACAGCACGAUUUAAAUUCAGACCUUGUUCUUCAGUAUGACAUCCGACAGAAGGCUUUGAAGCUCACGGCAAACAGUAUGUAUGGUUGUCUGGGAUUUUCCUACAGCAGAUUUUAUGCCAAACCACUGGCUGCCUUGGUGACUUGCAAAGGAAGGGAGGUAAAUGGCAAAAUAAAAUUCACAUUAAUAAAUGUGUAAAUAUAUGCUGCAAUAUGGGAGAACUAAGUU